AUGGAGGAGGUGAAGCCGUACGUGAUGAAGGCGCCCCGAAACGAUGGUCCUCCACCAGAUCCAUCAUACCGUUUCUUGUCUGACCCCGAUAGGGACGGAUCUGAACAGACAAGAGAAAACAGGAAGGAGCACCGAGGUCGGGGGGGGCGAGGGCGGGGCAGGGGAAGAUUCGCCUCGAGGGACAUCCGGUACUUCCCCGACGACGAGGCCGACGCGGGGGCCCCGAGAGGCGGCUACGGGCGAGGCCGCGGCGGCUCCGGGCCGAGGCAUUCACACGAGGAGAGCGAGGACGGCGGCAGAGAUCGCCCGCGGGGCCGGGGCAGGGGGGGCUUCGAGCACCGAGGCAGAGGGAGAGGCAGGGGUCGCGGCCAGCAGAAGGAGUACGAGCGGUGGAAGGCGGAGCGAGAGGCCAUCGACGAGGCCAGGCUGACCCGGAGCCGCACGCACGGGGGCGGCUGGAGGAGGGAGUGGGAUAAUGAUAAGCUCGAUCAAGGAAAUAUUGAAGAUAGCGAGCCAUUUUAUGAUCCUAGAUAUCCCAGAAGUAAAGGGGAAGGCUUUAAGUUGGCAGACUACAUGACGCCAGGUGAGGGCGAGGACAAAGGGCCGGGAGUGCAGGCGCUACAUUGACCCAGAGCUGAAUGCACAGAAGCAUGAAGAGGAAAUCAUGGCUGAGCUUGACCCUGAUGCGGUCUUUGGCCGCAGGAGGAUUGAGGGCCAUGGGGACUCUUUCACCAUCUCUGUCUCCAACACCACUCACAGCUCUGCUGGUGAGAAAGAAUCAGAAGUACUUGGUAAAUUUGUGCGGGUGGGCUCUGGGCGGAUGGGACAGGGUAAGAGGAGUCCUCCCCAAAAUGAGCAUGGCGGAGGAGAUGAAAGAAGUGAGGGAGAGAGGCCACACUACCAUACUUUAACAAUAAGGAGAAUUCCCCAUACACCUGGGUGAGGCCUAGUGGAGCACCUGUCCAGACUUCCUCGUUUGCCGUCAGCUCCCAAAAGUCAAUGGAGCAAGAUGCAUCAGAUACUCCUAGUCCUGUGGCAGCAUCAGAAAGUAAAGCAGAUAGUAAUGCAUUAAAACCAGGUGCAGAAAAGACAGUAGAAAGCAACCUUAAACCAGACAUCAACCAGGAAGGGAAUACCAUUGGUGAAAACAGUCAGAUUGAGUCGAAGGAAAUGGGGGAAAGUGGCCUAUUGCAAGAGGAAGUUGGGGAAAAUUUUGAAGGCAGUGAGGAUGCAGCAAAAGAGGAGCUAGAUGAUUAUGAAGAUGAAGAAGCUUAUGAGGAAGCAGAAGAGGAAUAUUAUGAAGAAGAUUACCAUGAAGCAGAGGAGGCGGAGCUGAAAGGGGAAGAGGAAGGAAUCGAGGAAGAUUUAGGGGCCACAGAGACCAAGGAAAAUCUUCCAGCAGAAGUAGAGUCUGCUCCCAUUCAAGGAGGAGAGGGAAAAGUUGAAACGGAAAACAGCAAGAAAGGUUCUAGUGCUACAACAGACAAGAAAGAUCAUGAACCUGAAUCUCAGCCUGUACCUGUUGAUGUUGCACUAUGCAGUCAGAACAAGGGUUGGUAAGUAAGACUGAAAGUCCAGGUAAGAAUAUUGAGCAGGAUGUGAAGGAGAAUACAGAGCAAGAAGGAGAAUGUCCCAGGAUGGCAGAUGGUGAUGCAGGAUGUGAGGCAGCUGGUAAAGACAUGGCAGGUAAUGAGGAGAAGGAGAGCAGCAUUGUUGAGGAUAAUGCCAAAACAGAGGAAUGUCCUGUUGAACUGGGUGAGGAAGUGUGUGCUGAUGAUAACAUCACUGUUGAUGAAAAGGAAACAAGUGUUGAGAAGGAAUCUGAAUCAAAAUCCACUAAAGAUGAAGAUGCUCAAAUUGAGGACCAGCCCAAAGAGGCAGCCAGUGAACUGCCUGAACCAGAGCCUGGGAAGGAGAGGCCCUCAAAGCUUGAAGUCAGCGAGGGGAAGGAUGAAGCUGCCGACCCACAAGCAGAGGUUAAAGUAAGUGAGAGUGAGAAAAAGACUGAAGGCCUGGUGAAGCUUGCCCCAUCCCCUACAAAAACUAAUGAGGGAGAGAAAAAGCCUGAAAGUCGACUGACCCCAGCUUCCUCUCCAACAAAGACAGAGGAACUUGUUCCUAACAUUGAGUGGAAAUGAUAUGAUGAUUUGGAAAACACAGAAUAGGGUUGUUUUGCUGUUAAAAGAAAUAAGCAAUGAGUCAUGUCACUGUCUCCUAUAUAGUGUCACAUCUUGGUUUCAAAUACAGUAGUUAUGACUGCUGUGUAUACUAAGUAAAUUUUAUAUUAACGCUAUCAUUGUA